GAGGGUGGCUUUCCACCAGCCUUUUCUCAGUUCCUUUUCGCAAGAAGAGCUCAGAAUCACCACAAGGAAACGAAUCCCCAAGAUGAGCUUCCCAUAUAAGAGUUUAGCCAGUUUCUUUCUGCUUUUCAGCUUUUCUGCCAAAGGUUCAGCCCUCAAAGAUAGGGUCAUCUGGAGUACCUUGGAUCAAGACAUAAACCUGGAUAUUCCCAAUUUUCAAAUGAGUGACCUCAUCAAUGAGAUACGCUGGGAAACAGAAGGCCGCAAGAUUGCACAUUUAAGAGGCAAGAAACUGUAUCAGUUAAAUAAAACAUAUGAAAUAUUGCCAAGUGGAACUCUGAAAAUCAAACAUCUGGAGAGAAGUUUUAACAACAUCUACAAAGUAAUCAUCUACAAUACAAGCGGAACAAGUGUGUUGCAUGAAGAAUUUCAUGUAAAGAUUCAAGAGACGGUCUCAAAGCCAGAGAUUUCCUUGAAUUGUAGCAACAGGACCUUGACCUGUAAGGUAGUGAACGGAACUGACCCUAGUUUAUACCUGUACCAAAAUGGGAAAUACCUCAAGAAAGUUUCCAAGAAAGUCGUCACGUACCAGUGGACAGAGAAGACUGCGGCUUUCAACUGCACAGCAAGUAACAAAGUCAGUGAAGAAUCCAGGGUAGUGGCUGUCAACUGCUCAGGGAAAGGCCUGAACUUCUAUCUCAUGGCUGGCAUCUGUGGGGGGAGCGUCCUCUUGGUGGUCUUUGUGGCACUCCUCACCUGCUACAUCUGCAAGAGGAAAAAGCAGCGCGGUAGGAGAUGCGAUGAGGGGCUGGAGAUCAGCACCCGCAGAAUAACCACGGAGGAAGGGGCCCUGAAACCCUGCCACACCCAGGCCCCACCAGCUCAGAAUCCGUCAGCCUCCCUCCCUCCCCCACCACCGAGCCAUCGUUCCCAGGCACCCGGUCAUCGCCCCCUGGCUCCUGCCCACCAUGUCCAAAAGCAGCAUCCAAAGAGGCCUCCUCCGUCGGGAACACAAGUUCGCCAACAGAAAGGCCCUCCCCUUCCCAAGCCUCGAGUUCAACCAAAACCUCCCCGUGGGGCUGCUGAAAACUCCCUCUCCCCUGCCUCUAAUUAAAAGAAAUAGAAACUGUCCUUUCCAAUAAACGGCUCUGUGGAUUUCUCCACCUCAGCAUGCAGGUCUGCUCUCUCCUCGAGUGGUUUCGACACACAGGACACAAUGGCCUCCCAGCAAGGCUUGUGGGUCACAGC